AUGCUCGCGCGAACCUCCGUCGCGUCCACGUCCGCGUUCGCCCCAUCGCGACCGACGCGCGCGUCGACGCACGCGCGCGGCGCCCUCGUGGUCGUCGCGGCGAGCAAGAAGAAGGAUGUGCGCCUGCAGGUCACGCUGGAGUGCACCGAACAAAAGGAGAGCGGUGUCAUGGGCAUGUCGCGAUACAUGACGGAAAAGAACCGCCGUAACACGUCUCAACGCAUUGAACUCAUGAAGUACAACCCGUUUUUGAAGAAGCACACGCUUCACCGGGAGUUGAAGAAGUAG